UGUUUUUUAACAGAUUUUUAACUUCAAUUAUCACAUUUAGGAUAACCUUUUCUAUGACCGACCUACAGCUGUCACGGUGCAAAAUUAUCAAUCACCGACAUAGAACAGAAUAGGCGUUACACAAUCCGGUACUAGGUCAGUAGAAACUCGUUCGUCGCCCGCGCAACAUGUCGCCAGCCGAAGUCACGCUGCGGGAACUCCUGCGCACCGUCGCCGAAAAACAUUACCACGACGAGUACGAACUCAAAAUCAAGAGCUUUCACAGUGGAGGGGCAAAUUAUACUUCAGAGUUAUUCUCGGUUACGUUAACAUCAAAGGAUAAAGAAGACUUGCGUCUAUUUGCAAAAGUUGCCAUCGUCGGUGAUAGAAUGCGAGAACUAAUGAACGCAACGAAGAUGUUCGCCAUAGAGGGCUUUUUCUACAAUGAAUUAGUAAAAACAUACGAAGAUUUACAAGAUAAACACGGUGUUGUGGGAGACGACAGGUGCGAGAUACCAAAGUUUUACGGCUGCAAUUCGAAAAUUGGCGAAGAGACGGUAGUCUUGGAAGAUUUAGCUGCGAGAGGCUAUUACGGUUACAAUAGGCACAAGUCCUUGGAUUGGUACCACGCUUCAAGCGCCAUUGAAGAGCUAGCGAAGUUUCACGCUUUGUCAUUUGCGUAUCAGAACGAGCGGCCGGAGGAAUUCGACCGGGUAAUGAAAUAUUUAUGGUUCACCAAGCCGAACUCCGACGAGGCUGUGAAAGACGCAUAUUUUCCUAAAUUGAUAUCGCAGGCUUUGAAACACAUUGCGAAUGAAAACCAUAGGGAACGAGUGAUGAAGUUCAUGGAAAUUGAUGGGGCGGAGAUGUACGAGAGGUUCAACAGGCCGUUCGGCCAUCCCGUCUUAAUACAUGGGGACUACAGAACCAGCAAUUUGUUCUUCAAAAAGAAGGGAGAAAAACUUCAUACAAUUCCCGUGGAUUUUCAAACGGUCCACACCGGUUGCGUGGUCAGCGACUUCAUCUACUUCAUCUUCGUGGGCUCUGACUCUUCAUUCAGGCAGGAGCAUCUUCAGACCCUCAUAGAGCUGUAUUACGAGACGCUUUGUGUAUCCAUGAAAAGGCUCGGAGUAGAUUGUGCCGAGGUGUACCCGAGGAAGGAGUUUGACAGGGAAUUGAAGGAGGUGCUCCCCUACGCUGUGUUCCUAGGAAUAGCCCUCCUACCAGUGGUACUGGUAGAGGCGGAGAACGCACCACGCGUCGACGGAGACUCGGACGUCGACAACUUUCUCCUCGCCCCCAACGAUCUUUACGUGGAGCGUUUCAGGGGCAUUGUUGAAGACUGCAUCAAACUUGGAGCUAUUUAGAUUUUGGGACAAUUUUAUUUGACAUAGAUAAGGAUAGGUAAAUUUAGAAUAAAGUUAGGUUAACGCAGUAAAAUUAUCUCAAUGCCACUUUUGCCUUGACUCACUGAACAAUAUUCUCACUUUAAUGUUUCAUCGUUUGCCCAUUAUGUGCUAUUAAUGGAAUAUGUGAGAAGACCAAGAGCGGUGGUAGGCCCACAGUCGGAGAAUGCUUGUUCCUUGUUGUACUUCUGGCUGGGAACACAUCGUGAUUAUACUCUGACUGACUGUAGCCUAAAUUCUCUCUUCGAGGAAACCUGAAGUGAGGUUGAGUUGACCAUUAAUUUGUCAGUUGUUUUGUUAAUGAUCUACAGACUGCCGGAGUUCAGAGAUGUUGUGGCGUAAUUGUAAAAUAAACUAAUUUCAAUUGAACCAUAUUAUUAUACUCGAAUAGUACAAAUAAAUCAAAUAGAAGUUUAUCAUUUAAUGUUAUACUAUCAAAUUUAUCAGUAUUUUAAGUUUAUUUACGGAUUUUUAAUCAAAAAGACACCACACUAAAGUACACAAAAAUAUUAAAACAACAUAAUACAUAAAGAACUCUUUUUGCCUAUAAAUCCACAAUUUAACUAUUUAUAAAUACAUAAAAAAUGAAUUGAGACCACUUAAUGUGUAGUAGGAUUAAGUUGACUAGUAAUAACUAGUAAUUUUAAUAAUUGAAUCAAUGUAAGGUGACUUAGUUAAUAACUAGAACAAGUUGCUAAGGUAUGCCACGCACUUCACGAUUGUUCUUCACGUUGUUAUUGAAGUGGAAACUGGUCGAUCGCGGUAAGGAAAUGUGUACUACCAAAACGAUUCUUGAAUUUUACAAGUGUUGAAAAAAAAAAUGCUUUCAUCACACCUAGAUUUCUGUUUAUUUAAUGAAAUAACAAUUGCGACGACACAUUAAUAAUUAAUAUGGUAAUCAUUUCAUGUACGAGUACAUAAUCUUUGUUUUGAUGAACGUCAAUCCUAUAUUUUAUUAUGGGUUUUUUUUACGAAUUGUAUAAUGUAUUAUUCGGAUAAGAUUUAAUUGAAUUACACUUCAUCAGUGUACAUUGUUUAAUGUGCUUUAGAACUAUUAAUACUUAGUAACUAUAACAUAAAGCGAGACAUUGACUUUCCUACUGGUGGACAGAACAAGUUACGUAAGGGAGUCACUAUACUUAUCGACGUUGAAUUAGUUUGAACCGUUCAGAAAUCAAAACAACGCAUGCAAUAAGUGCAAAACUGUCCUGCAUUUUGUUUCGGCCGGUGGGGCAUUGCAUAAUGAUCUUUUCACUCUUUUAGCAUGCACACAAAGUAAUUUUCUGACCAGCCUAAUUGCGUCGACAAGAGCGAUGAUUCCCUAUGACAUACUUUAAAUUAAAUGUGUAAUCGAUAUCAGGUUUUGAGACUGCGGCAAAGAAAUUAUGUGCACUACUCUUAGCAAAAAGUUUUUUAUUAUUGUAACCGCACCUCAGUACACUCGUGUCGAUUGACAUUUAGGGCUGUGAAUGACCCGCUUUAUAAGAUAUCGUUUAUAACAAACUUGAGGCUGUUUACGGCAGAGGGUAGCCAGACCAGUACAUAGAAACAUGCCAAUAGUCAUGUAGCACCUUAAAUUACUUCUUACGCGACCUUGUAUAUGACAACACAGUGUAUUUCUGCUACUUAUUAACCAAUGACCUUAAUAAAGCUACCCGCGUCAUCGACCUGGAGCUCCCACACUAUCCUCUAAGGCACGACACGUCGAAUUUAUUAUUCCCAUUUAAAUGUAGAUACUCUAUAUUUAGUUGGAAUAUGGGAAUGUGCUCUAGAUGGAUGUCGUGAGCAGCUCUAUUGUAUAUAGUUCUUAAUACUAUUAGGUUUAGUAUCAGGCGGCACCUUCUGUCUUUCAUUCGUAAGUUGUGAAUAUUGCGGGACCAAUUUGAUCAAACAACUUAAUCUAUAGAUGUAAUGUUAAAGCAUAAUAAUGAAAAAAAUUAGAAUAAUAAUGAAGAUUGUGAUAAGAUUAAUUGAAAUUUUCAAGCGACGGACGAGUGUGAAAUUAAUUUCGUGUGUUUUAUGUUUAUU